ACCAAAAAUAAAUUAUUCACUAAUGUCAAAUCAAAUCAAAAAAAGCCCAUGCGCGCUCUUAAUGCUGUGCUGUUAUUUCAUUUUAAUUUUAAUUUUUUGUUGAUAUACGUGAAUAAUGAAGAGGGGAAUUACUGAUUCAAUAGAAGACGAAACAAAGUUAUCUGGAUUAUUGUUUAACAAAUCAAAAGCUAUUGUAGAAAAAUUAAAAAGAAAUAUUGAAAGCAAAGAUGUUGAUCUUAAACCUGUGUGGAUUGACGAGGAUGACAUACAUUUGGCAGCAAAUACUAUUCCCAAUAAAAAGAGUAAGGUUUUACAAUCUGAAAGACUCAAGCAAAAAUUUGAAAGUAUUAUGGGAACUCCCAAUUGGGCCAAGAUAGGAAACAAACAGGACUCUGAAGAUGAAACUUCUAAAAUUAUCCAAAAAGUUGGUCAUGUUCACAAGAAAAAGUCUUUGACUCUGCCCAAAAACUAUCUGGAAGUUAGAAAAUUCCCAAACAUAAACAGUGAGACCAAAUCAGAAGGCAAAGUUAUAUCAUGUGUGGAGUUCCACCCAAAAUUGAGUGCAGCUUUAGUUGGUGGACAGUCUGGCAUAGUAUCCUUGUUCUCUAUUGGUGGUGAUACCAACAACAAAUUGCAUAGCUUCAGGUUGAAGAAGUGGAAAGUUACUGCUGCUUAUUUUUCCCCAGAUGGGUCCCAGGCCUAUUUAGCUUCAGAAUUGGACCAUUCCUACUGUUUAUAUGACCUUGUUAAAGCUAAGCCUAAGCUCCAUCAGCUCCCUCUAUGUGUGAAGAGGCCGAAAAUAUUUAAGCUAUCACCAAAUGGUAAAUAUCUAGCUGUGUCUGAUGGAUUUGACGAGAUUCAUAUAAUAUGUGCCAAGUCAAAUGAAAGGUUGAGGUCAUUAAAACACAACUCUAAGGUAGUGUCUGUAGCCUUUGACCAUAAUUGUCAACAGUUGUAUUGUUAUUGUGUACAGGGAGACAUAACUAUUUGGGACUUGUCCACAUAUAGGGCUCUUAAAAAGUUUUAUGAUAAUGGCUGUGUGAAUGCAUCAUGUAUAACUGACAGUCCUUGUGGGAAAUUAUUGGCUGCAGGAAGUAAGGAGGGAAUUGUCAAUAUCUAUGAUACAGCCAAUUUAGAUGGCCCUUCUCCUUUUCCCAUAAAGACCAUUUCAAAUUUAACCACAAAAAUAACAGACAUCAAAUUUAAUGCUACAUCUGAAAUAAUGGCAGUUUCGUCAAAUUGUUACCCAAAUGCUGUAAAACUGGUCCACAUUCCCUCAUAUCAUGUGUUUAGUAACUUCCCACAACAGUCAUUUAAUUAUAACAAUGUACAAACUAUGAACUUUUCACCUAAUAGUGGAUACAUGGCACUUGGUAAUGAUAAAGGUGCAGCCUACUUGUUUAGGUUAAAGUACUAUAAGAAUUAUUAAGACAAUAAAUUAUUUUGUUCAUA